UAUAUAAAGUUGUCCCUUAACUUUUCUACUACUAGUAGUUUCUGUACAAAUUGCUGCACUUAUAUUGAUUAGAUAUUUGAUUCCUAAACCCAAAUAAUAAUAAACGUGAAUAUUGAUAAUUAGCAUCAAGAACCUCUCUGUUGUGUAUAUAUGUUCUUGUUGGUGAGUGAUCGACUCAAAUUUUGAGAAUUUCAGUUCUUGGGGUUUUUUUCUGAGAGCUGAAAGAGGAAAAAUGGGAGCAUGUGGAUCGAAACCAAAAGGGUGUGUGGGAAUUAGGGGGCGGAAGUUUGUUCAUAGGAAGAAACAUAAAAUUAGCAGAAGGAGAAAUGUGUCAAAGACCAAUUCGGCUUCUCAUAAUCUCAGUAAGAUUGAACCAUCUGUUUCUUCAGAUCUUUCUUACAACAAUCCUGCAUUUCAAGGAAAUGCAGAGUCUUGGUUUGACCCGGAGAUGGUGAUUGAAUCUGACUGUGACGACGAUUUUCAUAGCGUUCAAGAUGUCUUUUCACAAAGUGGUUCUUUUUCGAACGGGGUUUCUCCAAGGUUUUCUGAUUUUGUGUAUCACAAUGGAAAUGCUACUUCUGGCCUCCCGGCAAAACAUGAACAAUCAUUUGGAAGUCAAGAACCAAAUGUUGUCAAAGAGGAUGCUGCAAAAAGAAACUCAUCAGCAGAUUCUCAAGUUAAGUCCAACAAUCCUCAAAUUGAGAUGGAUGGCCCGAGCCCUGUUGAUAAAACGCCCCGAGGCAUGGAUCAAGGUGGUGGUAGGGUUGAAACAAGAUUUUUCCACAAUUGUGGGAGUCAGAACCCAUGCCUGCCUUGUCUUGCUGGCGUUGCCUCUUCGGAUGAAAAGAAAAAAUCGCUAAACCCGAGCUCACCACGCACCCGUAGAAAAUCAUCCCUGACCCAGAUGUUAUCUUUUAGAUGGAGAGAAACAACUUCAUGUUCGGCUUUACUAUCGCCAAAAGCCGUUCUUCAAAGACCAAUAGCUGGUUCUCAAAUUCCUUGCAGCCCGUUGGGGAGGAAAAUGUCCGACUGCUGGUCAUCAAUUGAGCCAAAUACUUUCAAGGUCCGUGGCAAAAACUACUUUAGGGAUAAGAAGAAAGAGUUUGCUCCAAACUGUGCUGCAUUUUAUCCUUUCGGGGCUGAUGUAUUCUUGUCAGCAAGGAAAAUUGAUCAUAUUGCACGCUUUGUGGAACUUCCAGCCAUCGAUUCAUCUAGUGAAGUUCCUGCUAUUCUUGUUGUGAAUCUUCAGAUACCGUUAUACCCUCCUGCAAUCUUCCAGAAUGAAUAUGAUGGAGAAGGGAUGAAUUUUGUUCUCUACUUCAAACUUUCAGAAAAUUACUCAAAAGAAAUGCCAGUUCAAUUUCAAGAAAAUCUCCAGAGAUUAAUACAUGACGAAAUAGAGAAGAUCAAAAGUUUUCCCAUGGAUUCAAAUGCACCCUUUAGGGAAAGAUUGAAAUUCUUGGGCCGAGUUGCAAACACGGAUGAUCUUCAAUUAAGUGCAGCCGAGAAGAAACUCUUGAAUGCAUACAAUGAAAAGCCUGUGCUCUCACGUCCUCAGCAUGAAUUUUAUUUGGGCGAAAACUAUUUUGAGAUUGAUUUAGACAUUCACAGAUUCAAUUACCUCGCUAGAAAAGGAGUGGAAUCAUUUAAAGACAGAUUGAAAAACUGUGUCCUUGACUUCGGUCUGACAAUUCAGGGAAACAAAGCAGAGGAUUUGCCGGAAAAUAUGUUGUGUUGUAUUAGAAUGAAAGAGAUUGACUACACCAAGUAUCACAAACUUGGCUUCUAAACCAUGGCAGAAACAUCUGCAACAGACUCAAAUGUUGCGAGCCAGUCUUACUGCAUGAUACUACACAGAAACCAACUUUUUCCUUGUCUCCAACUUUCAUCUGAAUGUAUAGCCUUGGCCAUUUUUUGAAUUCUAUCCUGUAGUGUAUGCUAACACGAAAAUUGAGAGAAAAGAGAGUUUUCUUCAACAGUUCGUGUUCCUGACCCUGAGAAUGGAAAUGAAUUGAUCGCACAGCUGGUUCAUGUUAUCCAUACUUGUAGCAAUUAUCAGAAGUAACAAUCUCGGUUCAAGAGAAGCUAGUAAAGCAUUUACGUUAAACCCCAA